UCUACUCAGCAGGUAAACUACACCAUGGCGGCGCGAGGCCAUGUGCAAGAUCCAAACGACAGGAGGCUCAGACCCAUAUACGAUUAUCUUGACAAUGGCAACAAUAAAAUGGCGAUACAGCAGGCAGAUAAACUUCUCAAGAAACAUAAGGACCUGCACUGUGCCAAGGUCCUGAAGGCUAUUGGCCUUCAGAGGACCGGAAAGCAGGAUGAAGCUUUCACUUUGGCCCAGGAAGUGGCCACUCUUGAGCCCACUGAUGACAACUCACUUCAAGCUCUGACCAUAUUGUACAGAGAGAUGCAUCGCCCGGAGUUGGUCACCAAGCUGUAUGAGGCUGCAGUGAAGAAGGUUCCUCUAAGUGAAGAAUAUCAUUCUCAUCUCUUCAUGGCGUACGCUCGUGUGGGAGAGUACAAAAAGAUGCAGCAGGCAGGAAUGGCUUUGUAUAAAAUUGUUCCCAAGAAUCCCUAUUACUUCUGGUCGGUCAUGAGUCUAGUGAUGCAGGCAAUCUCUGCCCAAGAUGAAAAGCUGGCCCAGACCAUGUUUCUGCCUCUGGCUGAACGCAUGGUGGAGAAAAUGGUCAAGGAGGAGAAGAUUGAAGCAGAAGCAGAGGUGCAGCUGUAUUUUAUGAUCCUGGAGCGCUUGGGGAAGUGCAUAGAGGCCCUUGAAGUGAUCCGGGGCCCACUUGGGGAGAAGCUGACCAGUGAGCUGCAGAGCAGAGAAAACAAGUGUAUGAUGCUGUACAAGCGACUUCAACGCUGGCCAGAGUGCAACGCUUUGGCCCACAAACUGCUACUCAAAAAUCCUGAUGAUUGGCAGUUUUACCCUGCCUACUUUGACUCUCUCUUCCACUUGAUGGAUCAGUCGUGGAGCCCACCGGAAGAAGGCGAACACUGUUCAGAGGGUUCAGUACAUCACACAGUGGCUGAGGUGGUGAGGUUUGUGGAGGAGAGAAUUAAGGGGGAGGACAGCAAAGAGUCCCGCUCGCUCAGAGGGCCUUACUUGGCUCGUCUUGAAUUAAUGCACAGACUGAGAGAAAGAGGCUGUCCUGAGGAAAGCCUGCUAGGUGAGCCUUUAGAGCUGAUGGUGCAGUUCUUCAACAAGUUUGGAGACAAGCCCUGCUGCAUCACUGACCUGAAAAUAUACCUGCACCUGCUCUCUCCUGAGCAGCAUGUUCAGUUCAUUAAUCGUCUGAGUGAAGCUGUUCCUCUGGGCAAGCAAGGAGAGGAGGGAUUUGCUUUUCCAGAGGACACCAAAGUGCUGCAGAGGCAUUUGUGUGCACGUCAGCUGAGCCGAGCACUAGGGCUGCAUCAUUCCCUCAGCGUGGAUGGCAAACUCCAUCUUAUCACAGAGCUUAAGGCUCACUAUCGGCAUGGGUUGAAAUUUGGAAAGAACGCUCUAAAGACGGAGCUGCAGUUUUCUGAUAUGUAUUGUCUCAUGGCAGCUCAUGUAUACAUUGACUUAUGGACAGAGACUGGAGAUGAGAACAUGGCAUGGCAGUGUUUGGGUCUCCUCCAGGAGGGUCUGUCUCACAGUCCUUCCAAUGCCCAAUUCAAGCUGCUUCUGCUGCUCGUGUACUGUCGACUGGGAGCGUUUGAGCCUGUAGUGGACCUUUACUCAAGCCUGGAUGCCAAGCACGUACAGCACGACACCAUAGGGUUUCUGUUAACGCGAUAUGCUGAGUCACUGGGUCAGUUUGCUGCAGCCUCCCAGUCCUGUAAUUUCUCUCUCAGGUUUUUCCACUCUAACCAGAAAGAUACCUCAGAGUAUAUCAUCCAGGCGUAUAAGUACGGCGCGUUUGAGAAAAUCCCAGAGUUCAUUGCUCUCAGGAACAGGUUAAACCAGUCGCUGCACUUUGCCCAGGUCCGCACUGAGAGGAUGCUGCUCGACCUCUUCCUUGAGGCUGAUAUUGUCUUGAGUCUAGAAGAGAGUGUGAAGGCCAUGUCUUUGUCUGCAGAGGAGGAUGACAUCCCCUGGGAUAGUAUGAGAGAUAACCGAGACCUAACGGUUUUCACCUGCUGGGAUCCUAAAGAUAGACGGCUAACAGACGAACACCGACGUCAGUCAUUAGAGGAAGAGUCCGUGUGGCUGAGAAUACGUUCUCUAACGCUUCGUCUCCUCGCCUCGUUGGCUGCAUUGGGACACACACCCUCGCAGCAGAACUCUGAGAUAUCCAAUGAGAACGGAGUGGGAGACAAGACCUCAAUUCUCAGCACCCUGCUCUCCCAGCUCAACCAGACUCUCCAGACAGCAGCUCAGAUAGCAGAAAAAUGCAUACAGUAUCCCUUCCUGGGACCACCCUCCACUCGUCUGGCCCCAGCUCUGUCCAGCGGAAGCUGUCAGUGUCAGACUGCAGCCCUGCAGCUGUCUGUCCACCUACACGAGCUGGAGACGGCUGGACUUGAUGAGUCAUCAGAGCUUCAAACUCAGAUCUGUAACGGUUUCAAAUCAUUAGUAGUUCAGCUUCAAGAAAUCCUGAAUAAAUGCAAAGGAGAUUUAUUGGAAAUGAAAGAAGGCAAAUUAAAAACUCGGCCCUCCUUAUUAGAAAACCUAGUCUUCUUUGUUGAGACGGUGUGCAUAGUCUUGUGGAUGGCUAGUUACUGUGCCAAGAUCCUUCGACCACUGAAGACUAGUUUACAGAAGAAGAAAAAGAAGAAAAAGGAUGCAAACACAGCUCUGCCAGUGGUGAUGUGUGGCUUCCAGGAGCUGACAGGGAGCUUGCAGGACCUGCUGACACAGGCCAUGGAGCACAUAAAAGGCCAAGAGACUGUCAUGACAGCACUUAAAAUGGCCAGUUUAACCUUGGAAGGACAUACACAGGAGGAGGCAUCAUUUACAAAGGCUGCUAUGGACAAAGUGCAGAGCAGUUACCUGCGCUCCCUACAGGAGGUGGGAGAUCUGCUCAAGAAGAGAACAGAAACUAUAAAGAACCUCAAGAUAUGAAUGCUGUCACGCAUGUCCAGAAUAACUGUACCCCUCAACCAUCACCCCUAAAUGCUCCACACCGCCAUCAGCCCACCAGCUAACCUGAGACCCUCCCUCUUCACUGAUCACAGAAGCUCCCGGGCCUUCCCCCGCUCUGUCAUUUCUGACCUUGUAAUUCUCACUCAGCGUCUGUGAGCUCUUCCUUCGGAUUUCUUCUUUUUUUUUUUUUUUUUUUUUUUUUUCUUCAGCACACACCUCUGGAACAUUUGCAACUCUUAUAGCACAUAAGCUUGUAAUUAAACUCAUGAAUUUAUACUGCAGUUCUAAGUGACAAUAAGGAAAAAGGACAUAUUCCUUUUAAAAAGAUAUAUAUAUAUAGAUCAGAUUAGUGAAUACGCAGUUUUAGAAGAACUAAUCUAAUAAAUUAUUGUACAUAAUAAAGAGCAACUACCACAACUCCGUGACUAAAUGAGAAUAUACGACACAAUAAACCACUAUCUGUGUGUUGGUCAGUUAUGUUUCCUUUUUAUUGUCCACUUUAUUAUCUGGUGAGUUCCAAAACCAGUUGGAUUGCUUUUCCAACACAUUGGAGCGCAAAACAGGCACAAUUUCACAUUGAACUCGUAAACUUUUUCGGACACACGGACACUCAACUGCCCGCAGGAAGCCUUCAGACUGAUGCUUCCCAUCCAAGAACUGUCAUCGUCUUUCAUUUCUUUGCUUUGUGUACCCAGUGUGUGGCUUUAGUACUGAAAGUGGACCCACCUCUGUAGUUGCAGUAUUAAAAAGCAAUGGAAUAACUUAAGUUACCAGAUUUUUGUUUUUUUUUUUGUUUGUUUUGGGGUUUGUUUUUUAAGUUGUCUGCUGCUUUGUUUUUUCCUUUAAUUUUGUGUUGUUUAUUUUAUAAAUACUAGUGGAAGUGGUGCUUGUAAACAAGGUCUUGCAGAAUCAAGUUGUUUCCAGCUCAAUGAUAAAAUCAGGCUUCAGAGCCUUUAGAGGCUGAACCGAUUAAAAUUAUUUAAGAGACCAUGUACGACUAUCAUAACGUGAAUGUUCACCAAAAACAUGCUUUCCAUGGAGGCUGCAGUCGUGGAAGUAUGCAACCACUUGAAUUUGUGUUGCUUAAAAAAAAAAAAAAAAGUGAUGGUUACAAAAGCAGAUGCACAGACUGACUUGGCAGAAUGGAUGUAAUGGCACUCAUGUUCAUACUAGACCAGAUUUUUAUUUCCAGCCAACAUGCAGCUUCACAGUAACUGUUCUGGGAUGGCUCUUCUGUCGCAGGUUUGUUUCGCAGGCAAACAUUGGACCUAAUUGUAAAUAGCUGAGGCAGCCUUUUUUUUCUUUUUUCUUUUCUUUUUUUUUUUUUUUUUUGGAAGUACUGUGUGAGGACUUUAGUGUUUUUAAAAGCAGCUGCAGUAGAUGCUGUGAGUCCUGUGUUAAUGGUUUUGUCAUUCCCGCUUUAGCUACUCAUCCUCCUGCAAAAAGACUUGUGAACCAAAAUGCCGUCAUCAGCUGCUGCAGCUUCCCAAUUUUUGCAAAAUUAGCAUCCCAUGCUCUUAAGAAGCAGUAGGUGGAGAACAGAAGCAAAUGGUGGCAUAGUUUACAAAUAUUAAGGAGCACCAAUGGCACUGCAGGUAGCGUGCUGUUUUAUUUUUACCAUUUUAAGAAUUUGACAGAGCAAUGUGAAUAUGUGAGUAAAUGACUCCUCCCCUUCCUGUUAGUCCUGUAUAUGCAUACAGUCGCAUACACAUCUGCUAAUAAAUGCCUUUUUUCUUUUUCUUUUUUUUUCUUUUUUUAAAGAGUCGAGCUGAUUGAGUGGUUGGACAGAAGAUGUCUGUGAUCUGACUACAUGUGUUAAAAAUAAUGGUUGACAAUCUGGAGUGUCAUCUUGCCACCCUCUUUUGUUAAAAAAAAAAAAUGGAAAACAAACACUGGAAUGUCAAAGCUUUUUUAAAUAAAACAAGGUAAAUGUGA